CGCACACGGCAGUGACACUGUUUUUGUUCUUUUUGCAACCUAAGUAAAAUAAUCCUAUCUCAUGGCCAUCAGGUAACAGCGAUCUGUGCAUUUCUUCAGGGGAUCGGGAUGUGUAAACUAGGUCAAUCAAGCAGAAAAAGAUUAAACGUCUCUGCAGACAACCCCACCCCCUUACACCUAGAGUUUUUUUUUUGCAUUAACUGAUUUCAGAGCAAAAAAAGUCGGGCAACGAGUCUAGUCUCUUCCAGAAGUGUUUUUGCAAGCUGUACAGGUCCUCUCGUAGUCGGGCUAUGGUGGCACAGUCAUGCUGCCGUAUGUCAAGUCAACAAAGAGAAUUUUUACCUGACAUUGCUGCAGCAUGUCAUCACAUUAAAUAAUAAGAUGCUAAUGACUCUGUGCAUUUGUUCACAUGUGUUCGUGAGUGAGGACGUGAGCAUACGGAGAAUUUGGUUGGCUACCAUGCAGGCAGAUCUUCAGCUACCCCCUAUUCCCCUAUCAUGAAUGUUUUGGACAGUGGUGGUGGGGGAGGGAUACGAGACCUCAAAGAACUACCGUGGUAGGACCCAGUGUCUGAAGCUUGGGAAUGUUUGUUUCCAGCGGACAUGCAGUCCUUCUCUCCUUCGAGAUGAUGGCGCGAUGUAGACAGGUCGAGGGAAGGCUGUGGAGGUGACGACAAGAGGGCUUUUCCUGUCUCAGUUGCUGCCACUUAACAAACUGUUGACCCGUGAGCUUGCUCUGAAAAUGAAAAUACAGUGUCAUUCCCGUGUCCCAUUUUCUCAGAAACAAGUGCAGCGAAGCCUGUGGGGCGGACAAGGAACAUAAAACACAACAAAAUGGCGGACACAGCGUGCUGUUCACUCGUGGCCUCUAUGUGUUGGUUUGUUUUGUUCGCCGAUCACGUUGCAGGAGGCAAAGUGUUGCUUGUGUCGAUGGACGGUUUCCGGUGGGACUAUCUACAAACGGUGCCAGACCUGAGUAACUUCACGAGGCUAGCGAAGCUUGGGGUGUCGGCGAAGUUCGCAAACACCACCUUUGUUACCAAAUCCUUCCCCACCCACUAUUCCAUUGUCACAGGAUGCUACCAGGAGAAUCAUGGCAUUGUGGGAAACAAUAUGUACGACCCAGAGCACGAUGCUUACUUCACCAAAGACAGCACGGAAGAAUUCUGGUGGAACCAGAGAGAACCUAUUUGGUCCACGGUGGUGAGAAACGGCAAAAAAGCGGGUGUUAACUUCUGGCCAGGCAGCAUGGCUAAUGUGAGCUAUCCUCCUACUGAACGCAGGGUGUACGAUGAAACUGCUGAUCCUUAUGAGCGGAUAGCUGUCGCCCUGUCUUGGUUCAAUGAACCGAAUAACUACGAUUUUGUGGCCAUGUACUUUGAUCAACCUGACGGCGCAGGUCAUGUCUUCGGUGUCAACCACACAGGGCUUCGUGACGAGAUCCAAAAAAUGGACAUGGUACUGGGGGCGAUUCUGAAAACUCUUCAAGAAAGAAAUCUUGAAAACGUUGUUGACUUUAUUUUGACCUCAGAUCAUGGUAUGACAUCUUGCAACAUAUCUGAUAAACUGAUCAAUGUGUCUCGCGAGGCCGAUCUUGGUCCGGAAGUUGUGAGGUACACCGAGAAAGGCGCCAUUAUGGGCGUCUGGCCAGCCCCUGGCAUGGAGGACCAGGUCGUCCAAAAGCUGCAGUCCUUGAGUCACGUGACCGUUUACCGGAAGAAGGACAUCCCUGACCGCUUUCACUACAAGAACAACUCGCGCAUAGCUCCUGUGAUUCUGUUAGCAGACGAACACUGGCUGCUGACAAACGGCUCGGACCGUGUUUUCGAAAAAAACAGCUUUGGUGAUCAUGGCUACGAUCCAGACCUGGAGUCCAUGAAGACAAUCUUUUUCGCUAAAGGGCCCAGCUUUAAGCAGAAUUUUAGAGUGGCGGGAGUCAGGCUAGUGGACAUCUACUCACUUCUUUGCCAUCUCCUCAAAGUCCCGGCAUCCAACCACGAUGGCAACAUUCAGAACAUGAAGGAUCUCCUCGUGGACGGCAUUGUGUCGUCCGCAGCCAAACCGAGUAUUAGUAUAGUGAUAGCAGCAGCAGCAACAAUAGUAGCAGUUAUUCAUUAAAUUAAGUAGACCAUUGAGACUAAUUCGUGUUGCUCAACCUUCGGUACCUUUACGCUGGGUUUGAGGAAACAUACUUUUUUCUUAGUCUUGGUUUCAGUCAUUACAGAAUUUUUUUAUGUUUUGAAUGGUAUUUCGUAUCCAGCAGAAAAGUUGUUUUUGCAAAGAAUUUAUGCAUUUCGGAUGUCUAGUCAGAUAGUUCAUUUGAUUUUGUCCAUUGCCCUGUUUGUAACACAUUGUUAGAAUAAUGUAUUUAUCCUUUUCAUUAUCAUACCUUGACGGCAUAAAAUAGUUCGCUGUGAUGGGGGCUUUAUCCCAUUCUCUAUCAUAAUUCGAGUUAGGAAAGUCAUGUCCAUUUUCUAUUAUCAUCGAGGGUAUCUUUUUUAGAAAUAAUUGUCACAUGGCGACACCAUUAAUGCGGAGGAGUAUGAGAGCACUCUUGGGUACCUGUGUUCAAAAAUCAAAAACAAACGCCCAGGAGUCUUGACACAAGGUGUCAUUUUGUUACAUGAUAAUGCACGCUUCCAUACGGCAAACUCAACAAAGAACAGGCUGGCACAGUUCCGGUGGUAAAUGCUGGACCACCCAUCGUGUAGCCCAGAUUUGUCGCCAUUCGAUUUCAACAUGUUCGGUGAAAUGAAAGGCAGGAACUUUCCAUCGGACGCAACGAUGCUAGAGGCUGUUUUUCGAGUGGAUUCGCUUUAUUUGAGUGCCUCUCGUAUGUACCACAACAAAUGUACAGGUGAAUGGCUGUAUGACUGUGUGCACAUGUUCCCGCGAGUGUGUUUGCCAGCUAGUGUGUGUUCAUGUGGACGAAACUUCAUUCAGGUCUGGCGGUCAUCAAGAAGUUCAUGGCGCUGCUCCCGUUGUGACAUGAACUGAAUUUUCCCUACUCGAGCAAGAUGUCGGUUUGCUUUGAUUCUGGUCUAAGCUCUGCGUUGAUAUUAAAAUAUAUGUUUGAAUGUUACAGAUGUGUAGUGCAUUGUAAGUGUUUAAUAACUCACUGUAUAAGAUGUCACGACUUUCAUAUAUAGCCAAUCAAUAAAUGAAAUGGAUGUGACA